AACGAGAGCCAGGAAAAGGGGAAGGGCCUCCCUCUCCUCCUCUCUCCAGCUGACAAAAACAGCUGCCCAGGAGAACUGGCUGGAGACCGUUUUAGAGGAGCUAGAGGGAGAGAGGAGGAGGGAGGACAGAGAGGGAGAGAGGAGGAUUUAAAAAAAAAAGUCCCCAGAGUUCAGGACCCGUUUCACCUUUAUGGGUUGCGUCCUGAGUUCGGACUGGUGUGGGGAGGAAGAGGUGCUGCCGGUGGUCAGGAGCUCGUCUCUGAAGACAAGGAGCCUGGAGAGGAGGGAGAGCGGCAGGAUGAGGCUGACCAAGGGGGGGAAGGGGGAGCCCCACGUCUUCAAGGAGAAGACCUUCAAGAAGAAGCGACAGUGCGGCGUGUGUCGUCAGAACAUCGACAACAUCGGCUCCUUCUGCAGAGUAUGCAAGACAGCGACCCACAGGAAGUGUGAGGCCAAGAUGACCUCGGCCUGCGUCCCAGCUCCCUCCAAUGAUCUGCAGCGCAGAGGGACCGCUCCUUCUCGACACACCCAGCACCUGGGUUCCACAAAGUCUCUGACCUACACCAAACAGAGAAACACCCUCCCAAGGAGCUUCAGCGUGGACCGCGUGAUGGAGAGAGUGAUGGAGCGCCACUACGACUUCGACCUGACCUACAUCACCGAGAGGAUCAUCUCCGUCUUCUUCCCCCCGAAGCUCGAAGAGCAAAGAUACCGCAUCAACCUGAAGGAGGUGGCAGCUAUGCUCAAGUCUAAACACCAGGACAAAUUCCUGCUUCUGAACCUCUCCGAGAGACGGCACGAUAUCACCAGACUAAAUACAAAGGUUCAUGACUUCGGCUGGCCAGACCUCCAUGCCCCUCCUCUGGAUAAGAUCUGUGCCAUAUGUAAAACCAUGGAGACGUGGCUGACCUCCGACCCCCAGCACGUGGUGGUCCUACACUGCAAGGGCAACAAAGGUAAAACAGGAGUAAUCAUUGCAGCCUACAUGCACUACAGCAAGAUCUCUGCAGGGGCGGAUCAGGCUCUCAGUACUCUCGCCAUGAGGAAGUUUUGUGAAGAUAAGGUGUCCUCUUCCCUCCAGCCGUCCCAAAACAGGUAUAUCUAUUACUUUGGAGGACUUCUGUCUGGGGCGAUCAAGAUGAACAGCAGUCCUCUCUUCCUCCAUCAAGUCCUCAUCCCAUCACUCCCCAACUUCCAGGGCGAAGGAGGCUACUUCCCCUUCUUGAAGAUCUACCAGUCCAUGCAGUUGGUGUACACUUCAGGCAUCUACGACCUUCAAGGCACCGGAGGCAGGCGGUUGAGUGUGACCAUUGAACCAGCGCUGCUGCUAAAGGGGGACAUCAUGGUCAAAUGCUACCACAGGCAAGCUCAGAGUGCCGACAGAGACACGGUGUUCAGGCUGCAGUUCCACACCUGCACCAUCCACGGAUCCCAGCUCUGGUUUGGCAAAGGAGAGUUGGAUGAAGCUUGUUUAGAUGAGCGUUUUCCAUCUGAUGCCACAGUGGAGUUUGUCUUCUCCUCCGGACCUGAGAAAAUGAAAGGCCGUGAGUACCAGAAGAACGACCCAGCUGUAACGGUCGACUACAACACAGCUGACCCAGUGGUUCGCUGGGAUUCCUAUGAGAACUUCAACCAACGAUACCAGGACAGCCUGGAGGAUAUCGCCCACACCAGAGGUCCUUUGGAUGGUAGUCUCUAUGCUCAGAUAAAGAAGCGCCGAGGUCCUGGCUCUGGUUCUCUCAGCUCAACCAAUGGCAGCAGCCCAGCAGGAGGCCUCGCAGAAGAUAGGCCCGAUCAUCUCAUCGCUCACGGCUCUGGCUCUGCCCUCUCAGCCCAUUCCCUCCAUCUGAAUCAGUCAUCGAUCCCCCCCGAUUGCUCGGAGGAGCCGGUUCGCCCUCCUCCCCCAACCCGACAGGAGAGAGAGGAUCUUGAACGUCUUCUUGGAGGGAUCGAGGGAAAUCGAGAUGGAGAGCGUGAGACGGCCAUCUUGGAUGAUGGAGAUUCUUUGCCCUCUGAGGGAACUGGGACGCUGAGUCGGCUCAGUCGGACCUGCUCCUGCCGGAAUGGUUACCGGUCUCAACGCUGUGCCGAGCCUGGCUGCGACCGCACCCUCCUCAUGCCUAAUGGUUAUUGCCUGGAUCGGGCUCCUGGUACCAACGGGCACCACGGGGCAACACCUUCCGCCAGCCCCAAUCCGGCGGCUCCUCCAUCACACAUGGAUCUGUGCCAGCACUACAGCCCCCACUCCCACCAGUCUCUUCCACCUCCAGACCUAGUGUGGGACCGCCAGAGUGGCCCUCCGCACUACCUGCAUCGCUCCUGCUCAGAGGCUUCCUCAUCUCGACACAUCUGUCCGUACCCAUCUCCAGACCUCACCACUCAUCCCCACAACCACCUGCAUCAUCACCCUCUGUCUGCCCCGGCUCGCGUCUACUGUCGUGAAGACGACUUUGGUCCCUACCACCAUCCCCCUCCACCUCACAGCCACCAUCACCCCCACCCACACCACCCCAAACCUGCCACAAGCCCUACGUAUCACGACAUAAUGCUGAUGGAUGGUAUGCCUCCACCUGGCUGUCCUUGCAGAGACUGCAACAUCAGGAGAGAGGACUCUGCGGCUUACCACACCCUGAGGCUGGACCGCAGUGAAAGCUUCCACUGGGACAGAGAGGCAGAGGUGGGGCUAAGGAGAGCUAGGGAGGCAGAGUUACCCCGAGGAUCAGAGCUCCAGUGGGAGAGGGAUCCAGGGCUGAGACGAGGCAGAGACUUGUCCCUCCACUGGGAGAGAGACAGGGAGGCUGAGCUGCAAUGGGAGAGGGAUAGAGAGGCUGAGUAUUGGCACAGGAGGGCCACUGUAGCCUCCUACGGCCCGCAGGGUCACGACCUUCCAGCCUUCACAUUUGACCCUCUGCCAUCAGGUCAUCCAGCUUACCCAGAGGCAUCAAGGUCCCAUGCUCACUCUCAACUGGAUCUGAAGUACAGCAGCAGCAGCAGCGGUUACCAAACGCCCCGGCAGGUGUGCCCCUGCUCGCCUUACCAGCCGUCGCCAUCUGAAAGCAGAGGCUACGGCUCUGGCUACCAGUCUGAGUCCACGUCCCCGCUGCCUACAGGUUCCUGCAGCCAUAGCAAUGGGCAAGCUGACCACAGCCAUAACCACCACCAUCACCAUCCAGAGUCACAGCAGUCAUACGGCUCUGACUCACACACUGAUGGCCUUCGUAGUUCUGGCGAGAGUGUGGGCUGGAGGGAUCACAUAACUCAUGGUUCUUUUAAGAGAGCCCACAGAGACGUACACGCUGCAUGCUCCACUCCGUCUGACAUGUCUGGACCGUCCACUCCCGUCCACACAAGCAGCCCGCUGCGCACAAGGGAAAGCCCCAGUCCAGGAGGGAGAGAGUAUGAGAUCCGGACCACUGACAUCAUUGACUGCGAGGGUUCCCCUCCCCAGGACGGACACUUUCAUCCCCAAACUAUUGUCCCGGAAAACCAAAGAAGCAGCCCAGAGCCAUCCUCCAUGCCUCAGGUGGCAAAAGACUCUCAGUCACACCCAACCACACCUUUACAAACAGAACCCCACAAUCACUGCGCUGCACCAGCAGAACAGCACCGUAUCCCAGAAACACCCUCAGCUUUGUCAGUACAGAACACUUCUUCUGUUGACUCUGCAACGCCAACCACGUCAAACCAGGGACUCUGCCAGGCUCCUUCAUCCCCAAUCCAUGCUGCUCCUGCACCAGAUACAAACUCCCAGCACAGACCUCUUACUAUUCAAACCCCCAAUCCUUCAGAAGCUGCUGCACUGGCUCAGUCUGUAUCCCAGCCUCAGAGCCAGACACAAACUCAAAACAUCGAAUUGACAAGAACGACCCCAGCAGAAGUCAUUGGCUCUUCUCCAACCAACGCAUCUCACCCUGAAGCCCCCAAACCAACCAUGACUCCUUCCCCCAAUGCCACAUCUGCCAUUGCAUCUCCAUCAUCCCCCCAGCCUGCCUCCUGUAGUACGGAGGGCUCCCCGGUCUCUGACACCCCGGUUCCUGGCUUUGCCACUUUGAGUAGGAGGUUGAUGUUGAGUGCGUCUGACUCCCACAAUCCAAACCACAUCCAGGAGCAUGGACCCACACCCCACCAUUACCCAGGCAUGGAGCACAGCCCUGCCAGACAAAAUCCAUCUCUCGACAACAACAAGAGGCUAUGCUACUCCAGUCCAACUCCUCAGCUCCAUUCGUCCUCCUACUCCAACUACUCCACUAUCUCCAUCCCGCUUCCUCACCCACAGCCGCCUUUGCCCGAGAAGCGUCACCCUCCAACCCAACCAGGUUCACCUAACGAGGCGGUAGGAAGUCCAAAGCCAGCUGUGAGUCAUAUACCUGCCUCCACCACCAGCAACGGCCAACAUCAGCACCAUGUCACAUUCUCUCCUACCGUGGGGGAAAUUGCUCCCCCUGCAGGCCAGAAUGAUAGAGAAACAGCCAUUGAGACAGAGAGUGCAAACAGGGUCAGUGUGAAGUUUGUUCAGGACAGCUCAAGAUUCUGGUACAAGCCUGGCAUCUCCAGAGAGCAAGCAAUCGCAGGUCUGAAGGAGAGAGAGCCAGGAACCUUCCUGAUCAGGGACAGUAACUCUUUUCAGGGGGCCUAUGGCCUGGCCCUGAAGGUGGCUACUCCUCCUGCCAAUGUCAACAACCACAGCAGCAAAGUGAACGACCCUCUGGAACAGCUGGUCAGACACUUUCUAAUAGAAACAGGCCCUCGAGGAGUGAAGAUUAAAGGCUGUCAGAACGAGCCUUACUUUGGGAGUCUGUCUGCGCUGGUCUACCAACACUCAAUCACACCCAUCUCAUUGCCCUGCACGCUAAAGAUCCAAGAAAAAGAUCUGAUCGGAGAGGUGCAGGAGGUUCAACCAGUGAGUAACAUCAGCACGGCUGCUGACCUGCUGAAACAAGGAGCAGCAUGUAACGUCCUCUACCUGAACUCUGUGGAAACGGAGUCUCUGACCGGCCCCCAGGCCAUCGCCAAGGCAACAGACGCUUCCCUCGGUCGUAAUCCGCGUCCUGCUGCAACUGUUGUCCAGUUCAAGGUGACGUCGCAGGGCAUCACACUGACUGACAGCCAACGCAGGGUUUUCUUUAGGAGACAUUACCCGGUGAACAGUGUAACUUUCAGCAGCAUCGACCCUAAAGACAGGAGGUGGACUAAUUCAGACAACACCACCGUUAAGGUGUUUGGUUUUGUAGCCAAGAAGCCGGGCAGCGUGGCAGAGAACGUUUGCCACCUGUUUGCAGAGCUGGACCCCGAACAACCUGCGUCUGCUAUCGUCAACUUUAUCAACAAGGUCAUGUUGUCACAGCGCCGAUAGAGGGAGACAAAGACACAGACACAAACUCAGCAGAUUGAAGACAAUACUGACAAGUUAUUAUUGUUCAGUAAUGGCCUAGUAUUGCUGUUUUCUGAAUAAGUGCCAUAAUACUAUGCCAUAACUAUUUUACCACACACAGUUUCUUAUUAUUGGUGUUGAGACAUUUUGAAGGCGAUUUAAAAUCUUAGUCCAUGAUCCAGACUGAUUGUUUUUCCACUCUGUCUAAUCCUGAACAAGGAUUGGUUGGCAGUAUAACUCUACGUUUCAUUUGUGAUGAAUGGGUCAGUGUUUUUGAAUGAAAAAGAAAGAACACAGAGUUUCAAAAUGACCUUGAUGUUAUCUGUAGACGAGGAGGUGUCAAUGGAGACCUCCAUUAUGCUUUGAGCAUAAACAUCAACCAGGGGCCUGUACUAUCAGGAACGAUUAGUGGAUUAUUCAUUUAGUUUUCAGCAUAUUUCAUGUUUUCUGAUAUCCUGAGGCUGGAACAUUUUUAUCAAGAUUUUCUUUUUGUGACAUCAUAAAAGGCAGUAGCCCCUCCCCCAGGUUAGUGACACUCCCACAGCUAGGUGU